GAGGAUGUGACAUCAAACAGAGUGUUUUAUAAUGCCCUGUGUGAUUCCCACUUGGCUAACAUUUGCUCAGGCCCAGAGUGACUGUGGCUGGCACUGGCAAGCUGUUGGACUUUAUUGGGUGUGGGAGUAGAGCAUGGCUCAUGGUCAGCAGGAUCAGGCUGUAGCCCCGCUCAGUAUCUCAAGGUGCACACUACUCAGGUGCUCCAGUCAGUAGAAAAGAAAAUCUGUGUGCUUGAAACCAUGAUUUAGGAGGUUGUUCCCAAGUUUAACUGGAGUGAAAAGCUUGGCCACCCUUGAUGUGCUGCAUGCUUGCCUCUGUUCCGAUGAGAGCCACUUCCCUAAUCCUUUACAUUUGAGUUGCACCAGGGCUCAAAUUAGUGGCAAUGUCCUCGGGUUUAAAGAAGCAUGAGGAAUGUCAGUCAGCAGUUGUUCGGAGGGAAGGGGAUCGGGUGGGUUUUUCAUGUAGCAGUAACUGCUGUAUUGGCUCAGUUCUACAGGUUGGGAUCAGGAGGGUAAAUUUAUGCCUUUGAGAGAGGAAUUUGAUGGAAAUGAAACCAGCCCACUUCACCCUGAUUAGAUUUCAUCGUGUUGUGCCUUCAAAAUGCCUUCAGCAGCCUGGCAACAAGGGCAGAGAUUUGAGACACAUCCAAAAGUUAAAAGGACAUGGUUCCUAUGGAUUAUCAGCCUGUCUGUUAUUUUUAAAAAAUCUCAUCUUUACUAUUCUUUCAGCAGCUCGGGACGGUGUUGAAGAAAAGUAUUCAGGGGGACAAUAAAAAUAGGCAGGCCAAGUGCUCUCCAGCAGCGACCUGAUCCCGUCUGGUGUGCUGCGGAGGGCACAGAUUCCUUUGCAGUUACAGGCGGGCUCCGGGCUGCAGACAGACUCCAUUUCAGCCUAAUUUAAGCAAAGUACGUGCUGAUAGCUGGUGGCCAGUACAGUCACAGUGGGGACAGGGCCCCCGUGCACCGUGGCUGCAUCCUCGUUGUGCUAUGGCAGCUUAAAUUUCCCUGGCUAGAUGGGAGCAGAUAUGUGCUAUAGUAAGGCACAGCUCUAAAAACUCAGCUACAGCCCUGAUGGAAAUACCAAGCCUGGAGGGGGUUUGUCCAGUACUGUGUUUUCCCAUCCAGGCUAGGCAGAAGUAAAUGGCAAAUAGAUUCCUGUCCCCAGGGGCAGGAAUGAUCCGCCGGGAGAAGGAGAAGCUGGGAUAUUUCAAGUGACUCUUGCAGCCAAGGAGUUUGCCUUGUGAAAUCAUGCUUUGAUUUGUUUGUCUUCCUGUGCAGACAUUGUUUGCCUGGGAGCCCACUCACUGCGUGCUGGCUAGAGUGCUUAAUUCCCUGCAGACCAGACCUGGGGCGGAUCUGCUCUGUGUUGGGCAGGGAGCGGUUAAGCCCAGCCAGACAGAGGUGUGUGUUGAGAGGUGGAUUGAAAGGGGAAGGUUUUAUGGGGGCAGUGGCUCUGUUGUGAGGGAUGCCAAACCUCCGGGCUGGGAACUGAGGGCUGUCUCUGUUGAAGCAAAAAGGGAGCUUAGUUUUUAAGUGGCUACUGAGUUUACUACCUUGUUUCUGUCACAGGUUUGCAGGGGUGGUGCUGAUUAACGUCGUGUCCUUUCCCCAAGUCUGUCUAUUCCCUUCCUCUUCCAUCUCACCAGGCUCAGCCUGACACUGUUUAUUAGGCCAUUUGUCCCUGGUUUGUGAGGAAUAAAUGUUGACACUGAUGGCUGCUUGAUAGGAUUUGGGUUUGCUGCUUUCUCUCAGGACGAGUUUGGCACUUGUGACUCGAUUUGCGUUUGGGGCAGGCUCCAUUUUGGGAGGGGUGUUGGUAAUGACGGUGUCACCGCGUGUGCCGCGUUCGAGGAGAGGCUGGGAGUGGGGGUAUGUAUUGCUCCCCUUUCCCUGCUGCUAUGCAGAGAUUUCCAGGCUGGGACUCCAAAUCGCUGCAUGUCCCUAGCUAAGGCGUGGCUUCCUUUGAGAGGGUGCUGCUGUUGCCGCUGGUGAAGAAGAGUUUUUGAUGUCUUGUUAACCUGUAAGUGCUGUGAAGGCCUCAGAUCAGACUCCCACUUGGCAGUGCUGUGGGUGCUCCUCUCCUCGUGCUUCCUUUAUGUGCUUGGGGGUGUCCACUCCAAGGAAAUGGAGAAACAGCAGCCCAUGCUGUUUCAGAGUGGUUUGAGGGGAUUUUUGAGAUGUGUCUGAAGUAAGGGAAGUCCCAUUAAAAGCUGAUAGGCAUUUGGUCUAAGUGGGGUUUUCUUGGGUUUCCCAAGAGCUGUGAAAGGUUUUGCAUCUACAGAGGAGCCUCUUCAUGUUCCUGGAAGCCCAGGAGGAUCUGAGACAUUGCCCUGGAACUCCAAGCCAUAUGCUAAGCUCUAGUGGAAUUUCUCUCGACUCUUGCUAGGAGUGGCUCACCUCAGUGGUACUGGAGGAGCCCCGACCUCAUCCAGGUGAGAUUCCCACAGCCUCUGCAGGUGCUCAUCCAGCCCUGCAGUGCUUGGAGAGAACAUCCCAAGACCCAGCCUCACCUCUUGCUUUGAGCCCAAGGAAUGAUUUGGGGUCACCAGACUCUGGAUCACCAGACCAAAACACAAUGGACAAAGGUGAUGGGGAAGAGUUUUCCUGCUGGCAGGGCACAUGGAAGAGGUCCCACACCCAGGGCUGUGAACAGGAAAGAUGCUCAUGCUCUCUCCUCAGCAGCAGGAUGGCAGAUGACUCCUAAUGCUGCUGAAAUAGCUCCCUGCUGGGGGGAGUGGAGUCAGGAAGGCCAGCUGCCCCCCUUGGGGGGUUUAUGUGAGAACAAUGGGGAUGCACAGAGGCAUGGGACCAAGUGAGAGGGGCCAAGGAUUCCUCCCUCAUCUCAUGUUUCUUGUCAUGGUUGCAGCCCUCAUCCUUUUCCAAGCUCAUCUCUGCCAGACUGGCAGAUGCUAAAAAUAUGUGGAGUGACAAACAGGUAUUUAUUAGCUUAGCAGCCAGCAUUUCUGUCACUCGCCUUGGUCUCUCACUGAGCUGGCCAAGUCCUCAUCUCCUUACUCAAUCUAUCAUCACUUCUUACUUGGGCAAAUCUCCUGCUGAAAUCCCCAGGAAGUAAAUGGAAUGCUGUGUUGAGUAAGGUGCUCAGGAAUUUGUCCAGGAAGAGGUUGGCGUGUGGGAUGGAGAAGAAGCUCAUAAGGAGUAGCUCAUAUUCUGGGGAUUAGGUAUUGCUACACUUUCAAAGGUGAUUUACACCUGCACACCCCACCCGUCCGGUAACUGCAAUUAAAAUCUGGAACACCAGGAAGCACUGCAGAUAAUCAGGUUAGAGAGGGCUGAGAGGCAGCUCAGCUGCUGCAGACCCGAGUCCUUGGCGCUGAACGUCCACUGUGCCUGUGGCAAAUGUGAGUGCGAGGCUUUCUUCUGCCCCCUCUGAAGAGAUGCUCAGAUGGUCACUGCCAUUAGUACAAAUCACUGGGACCAGUUUUCAGAAAGCAGCUGAGCCACUGCUGCAGCACUUUGGCAACAUCCGUAUUUCCCUAGGAGAGCCGCUGGGCUAAAAUUUCAGGGUGUGUUCCUUAAAGUGCACGGUGUCACCAGCGCAGGCGAGGAAGAGAGAUCCAGCUGUGCUGGCAGAAGAGAAUAAUGCCCCACUUGCUCAUAUUGCCAGAGACCUCAUCCAUCUGCCACUGGAACAGUUCCUGUAAGCACUCCCUUAAUCUUUAGCUUUAAACCAUUUAAAUUGUUGGGCUGAACUGACCUCGUUUGGUGUGUAUGGAACAUAUGAGGAGCUGCACCAGCAGAUGCAGCCUGGUCCCAGCUCCAAGCUGCUGGCAGAAAUGUGUCCCAGGGAAGGCUAGGCUUGCCUUUCAGGUCUCAGCACCUAUAGCCAGGUCCCGGGUGGGACAUGUCUUUCCUGACAUUCAGACCCCCCCAGGAUAGCCCUUUUAUAGCUGGAAAACAUCGCUGUUCUGAAGGGUGAGUGUAAAAAGAGUAAUUGUGGGGAAAUACCUUCUGCUGAUUGCAUCUCUUGCUGUAAACAUAACUAUAUAGCAUGGAGGGCUUGUGGGCCUUUCCUGUGGAAUCGUUUUAAUUCCCAAAUCCUAAAACGGAAACUAAUCCUUAUAUUACAUUAUAUGAGUAUGACUUUUCCUUCCUCCUUGUGGCUGCUUGUCCUUGUAGGAGCUGCAGUUACAUUUUUUGUUUCACUUACACUUGUCAUUUAGAGCCAGCUUGUGCUUGGUGUGUGUAAUGUAAGAGAAGUUCAAUGUUGUUAUUUAUCAGAAGGACUUUAGUUCCACACGAUUCAGUGUGGGGAUACCCCAGAAGCUGUCAGGAUGCUGAUUUACCUGUGUGUGGUGGCCGUGGCCCUUACAGGGACAGGUGUGUUAAAGACCCUCCAGCUUACCUGAGCACUGCUGUGCAUCAUCUCAGGCACCUCUGCCCGACAGAUCUGAUGCACAGAGAGAGCUGAUCCCACUGUUUCAUGGCCAUCUCUGAAUAAUUGUUCCUCACAGCCUUCUGGUCCUGAACAGCUCGUGAGGAGAGGGGAUGUUCUGAUUCCCCAAGCUGAUCCUGUAGUGUCCCCAAAGACAUCUCUGAAAAACCUCAAGAGAUGCUCGGUAAUGGUCAAGAGCAAGUUGAUAGGAUAGUCCUGUUAGUUGUGGGGUAGAAAACAAUGAAACUGUCAUUUUCCUCUGGUUUUACUCCUGUCCUGACACAGUAAGUAGGUAGAUGUGUUUUUGAGAGGGUUAAAGCUCUCUGAGCGCAAGGUGCAGGUAGAGGUGGGGUGCAGGAUGGAUCACGUGCCACUUUUUUGACAGGGCAGGACAGUUCUCACCUCUCAAUUGUGUCCUCCUGAGAAGGUGACAUCUCCCCUGAGCAGGCAACGUGCUGCUCAAGUCAGUACUGCUUUAGAGUCACUUGCUUCCAUUGAACUUGAUCCCAGAUUAGAGCUUCAGGGAAUGAAGUCCUGGGAAGAUGUGGGCCAGAGCUGCACAGAGCACGCUUUGGGAACAGGCUGCCUGGGUGCUACUGGGGCACAAACAGCAAGCUGCGAUAGAGUCUAACCGUACACCACUAAUACAAAAGCCAGGAAUUCACUAGGGAUAAAAGCCAAAUCCUGAGCCACCGGGUUCUUCCUUCCAGCCAGGAUCCAGGUGGUUUUGGCAGGGCCGUGCAGGGAGCUGUGCGCUCCGAGCCGGCCGGGCAGCACAAGAAAGGACUGUGGGCAUCGGGGCUCUGUGCCCAGCUGCCUCCGAGGGCCAACUGCUCAUGCAAAGCAGGGAAGGCCCCCAGUGGAGAAAGCGUGGAUUUAGGGUGCCUGUGAAAGGGGUGGCAGUCUCUGGGUGGAGGUCUGGGCGCAGUGGAAUGCUUAUUGUCAAAACUAAAGACCAAAGGGAACGCUGCAUAUUGUGGGCCCAAAUGCAGCUGGCACGAACCAAAAAUGUGCAUGUGAGUGCCUUUCUAAGUACCCAGUAAUCCUCCAGGGCAAAACGGGGAUUAGGGCUCUCUCCCAGACAAAGGAGGAGUUCAUUUUCUCAAAGAUCCCUUGGCCAGUGAAGUGAGGAACCCAGAUGAAUGCCAGGGCUCCUUUCAGCUCUCUGCUUGCAAACAGGUACGGCGCCGGAGCAGCUGGUUUGUGUGGGGCUGUGCAAACACAGCUCGGCCAGAUUGUGGGAUUGAGGUCAGGUCAACUAAAACCCAUCCAGGCCCAGAGAAAAGGGGAAGCCUGAAAAAUGCUGGACAAGUAGGACUAGACGGCGUUGCACAGGGGAAAAAGUGGUCUCCUUUCUCCAGAGUUUUUUCUCGAUGAACCUGAAGGUCAGCGCUCAUUGAAGUUGUUUAAGUUGGAGUUGCCUGAGUGAAGAGCCCUCCUUGAAGGAAAGCUGUGGGUCUGGAUUAAUUCCAGGUGACUUCUCAGCCUCUCUUGCUUCACCCUGAAAUUCUGCGUGCUCGGAAUCUCCACGUAGGAGCCAUAAGACUGAAAGUGAUGGGUGCCUGAAUGGGGGGGAUGUAUCCAUCUAAAAUUCACCAUCCUGUGAUUUCCUUAAUUUGCCUUCAAGCAAUGGCCUGUGCAGGUAGAAAAACACAAACAGUGCCCCUCUGCACUGUUCCUGGGCAAAUUCUUCUUUUCCCUUUUGGGGAUUGGCUUACGGCACAAAGAUCAGCUCUAGUAAUCCUGUCUUACCAGAGAGCAGGGUGGAUGUGCUUGUGAUGUGAACAGAAAAUGUGCAUUAAGUAGUCCUGUUUCUUAGAAGCAGCAGCAGCCAGCAGCACUGUGAAUGGGUUUGGGUUGUGUGGGGUUUUUUUCCCGGAGCUUUACUGACCCAUCUGAAUCCUAGACAUGGAUAUUACUGUUUCUACUUGAGAACUUGGACCUUGCUGCAGAUCUCGGGGAAGAAUGCCUAAUUCAGUCCCAAGAUUGAUGUGCUCAGUGAGCCUUAGUGAAAUUUCAGAGCAGUCUUGCUCUGCUUAUGAUGAAAAUGUGCUUCCAGGAGUUACACAGGUGGAGCCUGUUGUGUUUUGGAUUCAUGAAGCAGCCUUGAAUUCCUCAUGUGCCUCAUUAAGACUGUGGAGUUAAACCUGGCUGUUUCCCAUCUCAGGUGAAUGUCGUAAAUCACAAGCUAGAGGUUUUACCCAAGGACUGAGACUUUUUCUGGCAAAGGUUUUACAGGUUAUUAGUGUGAGAGGUUUGGGUGCAAUUUAUAAUUUUUUUUUCAUGUUAAGUUUUGCCCACGCGUUUCCUCCUGGUCUUGGUGUGGCUCGGGGGUCCUGUGAGCAGAGUAACAAACCCUGUGCAGGCCUUGCUGCUAGCAGGAGAGCACCUGGGCCUUUGUGCUCUGACACAGGGGCACUUCCAGUGCAGCUCAAGGAGAUUCUGGGAGCGUGACAGAGCUGUGGAUUACAGGCUAUUUCUGGGCCAGCCGCAGGAGGUAACAAAAUAAGAAAUACGUCAGCAGUCCAGUCUUUGCACUUCAGGCGGAGCGGGAGGAUCUGCCCAGCAGGACAGCCUCAGCCAAGGGACACCCAUGCAGCACAGGGAUGCACAGAGCUGUCUCCCAGCCCGGACUGCGUGACCACUGACUUCCAGCCCGGCAAAGCCACGUGGGCAGCAGGAGUCAAGUUACGGCUGAAGACCAGGCGGAGUGAAACUCCAGGCCGACCUCACUCCUGGCAUUCCAGCAAACUCGUGGAGAACCAGCCCGAUCCCAGCAUGAUGCAAAUAUCUCAGGGUACGCUUGGCACCCCUUGGCAUCAGUCCUACCACUCCAGCUCCUCCACCAGCGAUCUCUCGGCGUACGAGCAUGGCUAUCUGAGGAGGAGCCCCGAUCAGUACAGCUCCCGGGGCAGCAUGGAAAGCUUGGAGCGCUCCUCCCCCGCCUACCACCCUUGCCACCUGUCCCCGGCCAAAUCCACCAACAGCAUCGACCAGCUCUCCCACCUGCACAGCAAGAGAGACUCUGCCUACAGCUCCUUCUCCACCAACUCCAGCAUCCCCGAGUACCCCGCGGCCCCGCUGGGCAAGGAGCACUCGUGCUGCCCGGACGGCGCGCAGUCCCGCGGGGGGCUGCCGGAGGGCAUCAGGCAGGCGGACAUCCGCUACGUCCGGACGGUCUACGACGCCCAGCAGCGCGUCUCCCAGGAGUACGAGGUGAAGCCCUCGGCCCUGCUCCCCGGCGGCGACGGCCGCGGCCACGGCAGGCUCCCCUUCAGCCGGCACAACGCCGCCUCCUCCUGGGCGCAGCCGGCGCAGGGCCCCUCGGACGGCAAGAGCCAGCUCCCCAAGGGGCCGCCCCUGCCUCCGGCUCGCAGCGACAGCUACGCGGCCAUCAGGCACCACGAGAGGCCCGGCUCGGGCGCCUGCCUUGAGCCCAGCAAGCCCGGCCGGAGCCAGCCGAAAGGGGCCUGGGCACCGCUCAUCAGCUCCCCGCCGCAGGGGCCGCUGCUGAAGCCGCCCUUCGGAGAAGGGCACCUGCACACCGUGCUGGAGAAGAGCCCGGAGAGCAGCCCCACCAUGAAGGCCAAGCAGAGCUAUUCCCAGGCCGCCCAGCCCGGGCAGCCCCUGCUGCCCACCGGCGUCUACGCCGUUCCCUCCCCAGAGCCGCACUACGCCCAGGUGCCCCGGCCUUCCGCCGGCAGCACCGGGACGCUUUACCCAGCUCUGGCCAAAGAAAGUGGCUACUCCCCAGCCCUCCCGGCCUCCUAUGACAAGGCCGUGGCCGGCGGCACCCUGGGCCUGGAUGGGAACGGAAACCAAAGCACUACGAACAGUUCGACCAUCUUCUACCAGCCCCCUGCCGCUGAGAGAAAGCACGAAGCCAAACUCACGCAGCAGAAACCUCCCAGCGCAGCAGGCCCGGAGCUAGGCCUGGCUGUGUCGCGAAAGGAGGAGCUGCUACCCCUUUCCAAGGCAGCACACGGCCACCGAGAGACCAUGGCUACCAUGCAGGCCUCCAAGCCCGUUUUCCAGGGUCCACAAGCCCAGCUGAGGGAUGCUAGUGAGAGGAAAAUCCAUUACCAGCCAAAAGAGGACUGGACACCUGGAUCCCAGGAGGAGAAAAACGGCAACGCACAGGUAAACGAGAGAGAUGCUGGUGCUGCCCACCCAUGGGGUCACAGCAAGGCCAAGCAGUAUGGCUUCUCUUCCUUGCAAAACAUCCCAGAGAGCUCCAGGAGGCAAAGCAGCUCUGACCUAAGGGAGACGCAACCAGGUGAGGGUUAUUCCAGUGCCAGACUGUCCUUCUUGAACAGCAGCAGCAGAGAGGAGAAGGAUCACAGGGAGCAGGGGCACAGACAGUGGAGCGAUGUGGACCCCCAGGCCUUCGUGAGACAGGAGGAGGAGAGCACAAGCGUGGCUCUGUUCCACGCUGCCGAGCCAAAGUGCAAAGAGCCCCCUUCUCCGCAGCUCCCAAAGCCCUCGGAUUUCGGGAGGAGCCGGCUCAGCUCUAGCAGCACCCAAAGCUUUCCCUACAGCAAACCGGAGGCUGGCAAGCCCCGCUGCUCGGUGCUAGAGAAGGUCAACAAGUUUGAGCAGCGGGAGCAGAGCGCGCCCCGGCCCCAGAGCGCCGGCGUUCCCAGCUUCGGCCAGCACUAUGGGCCCAGCAGGACGAGCCAGCCCGCCGGCACGAGGUGCUCCGUGCACAGCCCAGAGGACAUGAGGAGCAAGCUGCCCAGUGAGCCAGGCAGGGGCUCCAGCCCGUCCGUCAGGAACGGGAAGCUGGAAGAGGCUGACUGGCGUCCCGUCGAGCUGCAAAUGGCGGCUUCGGUGAAGCAGGCAAGGCCCAGUGAGUUCUACAACCUGUGUCCUGAAAACGAGGUGCAAAUAAGAGCAGCUCAGCUUCCUCGGAGUAGGAGCACAUUCCAGCUGGGAGGCGAGCCCGAGAAGGAGAUCCUCUGGAAGGAUAGCGUCCAGGACGCGCACGGGUCGCAGCUGGACGCGUCGUUUAACAGGGCCUACAGGAACAGCAUCAAAGAUGCCCAGUCCAGGGUGCUGAGGGCCACCUCCUUCCGGCGGAUCAGCCCCCCGUUCGGGAACACGCCCAAGAGGGUGCCCCAGAGACCCGCCUCGGCCCACGUGGGCAUGAGGAGCACGGCGGCGUCCCCGCACACCCCCAAGGAGAGGCACAGCAUCACGCCCACGGAAGGAGGCUUCUCCAGCCUGGACUAUGGCAGGACGCAGCACGUGCUGCGCAUCGGGGGCCGGAAGCGGCUGACGGCGGAGCAGAAGAAGCGCUCCUACUCGGAGCCCGAGAAGAUGAACGAGGUGGGCAUCUCGGACGGGGAGCCGUCGCCUUUCUCCUUCCAGAAGAAAAGCAUCCAUUUUAUCUUCCCAGAGAACACGGUGGCCGACCGGCGCAAGAUCUUCGAGAGGGACGGCAAGGCUUCCUCCACAGCCAGCCUGUCCAAGCCGGAGCUCAAGCAGCUCCAGCAGAACGCCCUGGCCGACUACAUCGAGCGCAAAACGGGGCGACGGCCGUCCUCGCAGGACAUCGGGCUGCUCCGGGAGCGCUCCCACAGCUCCUACCUGCAGCUGGGUGGCCCCGACAGCCAGAGCCUCUCCUCCGCCUCCAGCAUGAAUUCCCUCCAGGACCAGAACCUUUACCGCCGCAGGGAGUCCAUGGAGCGGAUACCCAGGACGGGACGGAUGUCUUCCACCCUUCCCCCUGGGCUGAUGGACUGCUUGGACACGAGCGGAGACGAGAAGGUGCCGGGGCGCCAGGACAGCCUGGUCACCGGCCGGCCCAAAGCAGAGAGGUGCCGGGAUCACAGACCCAGAUCGGAUCUCACCAAAGGCACGCAGACAGACCUGCUGGGCACGCAGGGCCAGCCCCGCUACAGGAAGCAGCAGCAGGUCUUUGAAACCCCCUCCGCCGCCAGGAAAUCCGGGAAAUCGGUGUCUGUGGAAGACUUGCUCGAUAGGUACGACAAUCAGCCGGUCCCUGUGCACGUACGUUCCAGGUCGUCUCCCACGGCGGAUAAGAAACACCAGGAGCUGCUGAGAAGGGAGAGCAGUGAGUUCGGCCCCAUGGUGAGGGAUCCCUUCUACGUGGUCAGCGCGGGAGCCAGGUCUUUCAGCAAGCAAGAAAGAAGCCACUCAGAGAAAAUGGCCUUCACGAGUUACUAUCCCCAUCCCCUCCGCAGCACAGAGGCUGUCGCCGGGCCUGCCACGCUGGUCGAGAAUCACAAGCUCUCAGAACUUUCCAGGCCGGAUAGCAGGACUUCUGCAUUUGUCCCAGCCCCACCAGAGGCAAGGAGUCACUAUCCUGAGCAAAAGCAAGGCUUUAAACCCUUGUUCCUUAACCUCACUCCUUCUGGGACUGGCCACUCUUCCUCUAAUACAGCCACCCAGGCUCCCUCAGACUUUCAGAGCGCAGGUGCCAGCCAGGCUCCGAGACAGCACCAUGCCAAACGAGAGGCUGUUCCCCCUGAGGGCAGCGGGAGCCCUCAGGCACAGCCUCCGGAUGCUACCCAGAACAGAUCCCCCGAGACUCCCACGGAAGAGAUGAUGUGGAGGAGGAAAGCGGGGCUGCUGCACAGGUCCCUCCCGCCCAAAGCGUGGGCUCUUUCGGCCAAAGACAACGGCUACGCCAGGGCCACGGCGUCUCCUCCGGCGGCCGGGCCCAAGCCCUCCCAGAGGUGGCAGUCCCUGCCCACGCAGAGCAGCACUUCCUCCGACCCAGAGACUCCUUCUCCCCAGGCCGUGACCCAGCUGCGCAUCUCGGAGUCGGGGCUGCAGCUCACGCCCCCGCCGUCGCUGCAGGACGAGGAGGACGACGAGGUGUUCGUCGCGCCCUUCUCCCUGCCGCCGCCAUCCCGUCCUCUUCCCGAGCUCGGCUCUUGCACUUCUGCCAACGGCACGGAGGAAUUCCCACCUCCUCCCCCUCCUGCUGAGGGGAACGGGGCAGCUGGAGACAAAUCCCCCCGGCUCCCCGAGGAGGCCGGCGUGAGCAGCUUCAAAAGCUUUCCCAAAGCCCUGGCCGAGAGGGAGAUAACAGGGUUGGGCACCAGCACCGGUGAAAAUAACUGGCCAACCCCAUUAGAGAGGACUGGCUCUCCAUCUGCUGUGGAUCAGCAGCACCAGUCCCCUGCUUCUCCUGAAGGGCCUCAGAGCACUGACAGACAGCCCAUAACUCAGCCUGAAGGUAACUCCAGAGAGCCAGCGUUGGAAAAUGCCAGCCUGGACUCCGGGGUAACCAGCACAGCACCCCCAGUGAAGGCAAAGAACAAGACCCCAGAGGAUAUUAAGUCAGAGGCUCUGGCAAAAGAAAUUGUCCAUAAAGACAAGUCUCUGGCUGAUAUCCUGGAUCCAGAUUCCAAAAUGAAGACAACCAUGGACUUGAUGGAAGGGAUUUUCCCCGGCGGAAGCAGCGUGCUGAAGGAGAACAACAUCAAGAGGAAGAUGUCGCAGACGCACGCCAGCAGGACGGCGGUGGCGGGUGACACGAGAGAGGAAAAGGAAGCUCCUGUCACCCUGGUCACCUGUCCUGCUUACUACAGCGUUUCAGCACCCAAAGCAGAGCUGCUGAAUAAAAUCAAGGAUUUGCCAGAAGAAGCAGGUGAGGAAGAAGAGCUGCUGGACAUCAAUGAGAAAAAGGCUGAGCUCAUCGGGAGCUUGACCCACAAACUGGAAAUCCUGAAGGAAGCCAAGGAGGGCCUGCUCGAGGACAUUAAGAUGAAUAAUGCUCUUGGGGAGGAGGUGGAGCUGUUGAUCAGCACGCUGUGCAAACCCAACGAGUUUGACAAGUACAAGAUGUUCAUUGGUGAUCUGGAUAAGGUGGUGAACCUGCUGCUCUCCCUCUCGGGACGCCUGGCCCGCGUGGAGAACGUCCUGAGCAGCCUGGGGGACAGCGCCAACAGCGAGGAGCGGAGUUCCCUGAACGAGAAGCGGAAGCUGCUGGCUGGCCAGCACGAAGACGCCCGGGAGCUGAAGGAAAACCUCGACCGUCGGGAACGGGUGGUCUUGGACAUCCUGGGCAACUACCUCUCCGAGGAGCAGCUCCAGGACUACCAGCACUUUGUCAAGAUGAAGUCCGCGCUCCUCAUAGAGCAGCGGGAGCUCGACGACAAAAUCAAACUGGGCCAGGAGCAGCUCAAGUGCCUGAUGGAAAGCCUCCCCACGGACUUCGCGCCCAGGGAUGCAGCAGCAGCAGCUGCCCUGGCUGCAGCACUUGCUACCUCCUCCGGGCUCGGUGGUAAAACACCUCCAGCAGCCUCUUCCUCACUCUAACCUGGCCCACGUGGAGCUGGCAUGCAGCCCUGCCCGAGUUCCUUUAGUCCCGUACUUGGCAGAUGGUCCUCUUCAAAGGCCAUGGACAGAGACAGGUCUAAACCAAGAUUUUAAUGAAGGAAAAAAAAAAUAGCAAUAAUAAAGGUUUUAUUUUCCUCUCCUUCCACCUCUGCUUCCUGGAAACUUAAAUCAAUGUGGAGGGAAAUCUCCUCCUGCCCGAGAUGAGGAAGAAUCUCACAGGAAUUAAACACAUGACCUUUAAUAAAAAACAUGACCUCCUCUCUUCCCUCCCUUUUCUGCCUACCUGACACCUCAUUAAAUAAUGAAGGAUCUAAGAAUGAAGCCUUAAAAAUAAAACCAACUCAUUUUACUGAACAUUAUUGAUAUUUAUAUUUUUUAAAGAACAAGACAGAAUGUGUAAGUUUUUGUACAUACUCUAAUCAGUUGCUUGACUCUACUUUGUUCUGUAUGUAGAAAAGACAUUUAAUUUUGUAUUUUGUCAAGACCUUAACAAAAAGAGGGAACCCCAAAGAUAGUCAUGCCGUAGCUUGAAACAUCUCAUCGUGGUUUUGUUGCUGUUGUUGUGGUUGUUUUUUAAUAUAAUAAAGGGCUACCA